AUCUGGAAAAGAGAUACAAGAUCCCAAAGAAUAUAUUCCAUUUCUUAAUACACUUAAGAAAAUGGAAACUCAUUAUCAGCGGUUUACUGUAGACAAAUACUUGAAACAAUAUGAAAAAGCCGUUGGCCACCUCAGCAAAUGUGGACCUGAGUACUUUCCAGAAUGCUUAAACUUGAUAAAAGAUAAAAAGUUGUACAAGGAAGCUCUGAAGUUAUAUUCACCAAGCUCACAACAGUACCAGGAUAUCAGCAUUGCUUAUGGGGAGCACCUGAUGCAGGAGCACAUGUAUGAGCCAGCGGGGCUCAUGUUUGCCCGUUGCGGUGCCCACGAGAAAGCGCUCUCAGCCUUUCUGACGUGUGGCAACUGGAAGCAAGCCCUCUGUGUGGCAGCCCAGCUUAACUUUACUGAAGACCAGCUGGCUGGCCUUGGCAGAACUCUGGCAGGAAAGCUGGUUGAGCAGAGGAAACACAUUGAUGCAGCCAUGGUUUUGGAACAGUAUGCCCAGGAUUAUGAAGAAGCUGUUUUCUUGCUGUUAGAAGGAGCUGCCUGGGAGGAAGCUUUGAGGCUGGUAUACAAAUAUAAUAGACUGGAUAUUAUAGAAACCAACAUAAAGCCUUCCAUUUUAGAAGCCCAGAAAAGUUAUAUGGCAUUUCUGGACUCUCAGACAGCCACAUUCAGUCGCUACAAGAAACAUUUCUUGGUAGUUCGAAAGCUCAAGGAACAAGCCCAGCAGGCAGGUCUGGAUGAUGAGGUACCCCAUGGCCAAGAGUCUGACCUCUUCUCUGAAACUAGCAGUGUUGUGAGUGGCAGUCAGAUGAGUGGCAAAUACUCCCAUAGUAACUCCAGGAUAUCCGCGAGAUCAUCUAAGAAUCGCCAAAAAGUGGAGCGAAAGAAGCACGGCCUCAAAGAAGGCAGUCUACUGGAGGACCUGGCCCUCCUGGAGGCACUGAGUGAAGUGGUGGAGAACACUGAAAACCAGAAGGAUGAAGUAUACCAUAUUUUAAAGGUACUCUUUCUCUUUGAGUUUGAUGAACAAGGAAGGGAAUUACAGAAGGCCUUUGAAGAUACGCUGCAGUUGAUAGAAAGGUCAAUUCCAGAAAUUUGGACUCUUACCUACCAGCAGAAUUCAGCUACCCCCGUUCUAGGUCCCAAUUCUACUGCAAAUAGUAUCAUGGCUUCUUAACAACAGAAGACUUCAUUUCCUGUUCUUGAUGGUGAGCUUUUUAUACCACCAAAGAUCAACAAAAGAAUUCAGUGGAAGCUGAGCCUGCUAGACUGAGUGACCGCAGUUAGGAGGGCUCUGACAGAGAAGACCAUUUCCAUUCAUUCCUGUUGUCGUAUCACCACUUGCUCUUUGAUGCCUGGGUACUGAGAACUGGAAAGAGUAAGAUGAUAACUUACCUUAGCAUUGCCAAGAGCUGCUAUGUGCACCAGGCAGACAGCAAGCGAUUCUAUUUAUUUUAUUUUGUGUAUACAUCUUGAUCAUUAGCAAGACAUUAAGCUUGCUGAUGUCUUGAUUAACCAGUAUAGCAUCAUUUUGUGAGAAUUACUGUUCUUUCAGUUGGGCUGUUUGAGAGCAUAAUUAUGGUAAUCAUGAAACUGGGUUUCCUUCCCAGCUACAGGUCUGAUUCAUAUUGGGACCUUGGACAAGUCAUAGUAAUUGAUUUGUGCCUCUGUUCUUGAUCGAUUAAUUGGAAAUAAUGUUUCAUGGUUUCUACUUCAAAAGUGUGAAGACAAGUAAUGUUUCUAAAUUGUCUUUUUUUAUUGGAGGAGAAGAUUACAAUGGCUAUUAUUGCUAUAUUUGGUCAAAUGUAAUCACUUAAAUGGUUUCUUGUCACCUUAAACUAAAGCAGAAUAAAAAGUAUCCUUUGAAAUUGUAAGCCCUCUUUUGCUGACAGCUGUUAUUUUGUAACACCUUACCAGGUCAUGUGCUUUCAGUUAUAACUGGGCUGAGCCUCCUAUAAUUACAGUGCCUAUAGGGACUGUUUUACUGCCUGUGUAUUUUCUGUUAGAGAAUUAGCAGUGUUAGAGCUUGAACAGAUUAGAACUUCUAAACAGUAUCAUGCACGUUUGGUGUGAGUGAUCAGUGUGCAUUGUAUGGCAUGCAUGGUCGUGAAUUCUUCUCUGUUCUCCACAUGCUGCUUUCUUUAACUCAAAUAUUUUUGUUAGUCUAGGUCACUUCAUUUAUUUUUCUUUCUGGUGCUUACCUGUCUUUAUACAGUUCUCCACCCCCCCAACCCCCCCAAAAAACUGUCUCAAAAUGAGAAUAUUUUAUUUUUAUGGUGAGUCUAGAAAACUCCCGGUUCAUUCUGAUAACAGUUGUGUGGCUAAUCCUUGGGUAAGGUUAAAAAUUCUUCCAUGUUUUAAAUAUCAGAACCAGACCUUCCUUACUAUAUCUUAGUCCAUUUGUGUCUCUGUAAUAACAACUAGCUUUCAAAGGAACUAAUGAGUGAAAACUCACUCAUUACCAUGAGGAUGGCACCAAGCCAUUCACGUAGGAUCUGCCCCUGUGACCAAAACACCUCCCAUUAGGCCCUACUUCAAAAACAUUGGGGAUCACAUUUCAACAUGAGGUUUAGGGAAACAAAUGCCCAAACUAUAGCACUGUACAUAAACUAACAGGAAAUGCUACUUUUGAUCCUCAAAUAAUUGAUACAGCCCAAAUUGUAAUUUUAGAAGCCUUUCACAGUGUAGCAAGAUGUUAACUAUAGAAUCAGUCUGGGGGUAUUCACUGUGUAAUAUAACUUUUCUGUAUGUUCAAACAUUUUCAUAAAAUAAUAGGAUUUUUUUUAAAAGAAGAUAUACUUUGGAGAAAGCUACUUUUUGACUUAUACUCCUAAUAGAUUUGUUAUAAUUAAGUGCCCAAUUUUGAAAGGCUGCAAGUACUUUGUAACAACUCAUUGGCAUAAGUAAAUAAGCAUGGUAACUUAUAUGGCAUUUAAAUAUAUUAUAGUGCUCUUGCUUUGGGUAAUUGUAAUGGGACUCAUGCUGAUAGACUGGAAAUAGAAGUAAAUGUGUCUAUUGAUAAUGGUGUGAAUUUUGAUGGACAUUCAGUUUCCUUAAAUAAUGUAUUGAAGCAGCAAGAAAUAAUUUGUUUGAAUGCAAAUUACUAUUAAUUACUGUUUCUCUCA